AAAAGAGCACCAUAUAAAAAGAGCACAAUAUCGUUUUCCCUCCUUCUGUCUCUCCCGUUCUUACCUCCCGAACACUCCUUACUCCUCAACGCUAUGGCCAUUAUGACCUCUCUGCACCUCUUCUCUCCGCCACCCUUCACUGCUAAAACCCCAACCUUAACCGCCAAUAACACUAUCACUAUCCCACUCUUCUCCUCUACCUUUAAAUUCAAGCCCAUUUCAUAUAAUUUCCUCAAACCUUUAAAAAAACCAAAUUUGUUCAUUCUCAAGGCCGACGAAGGCGACGGAGAUGAAGUGGGGCCCGACGACUACGACAUGGACGAGGAAGAGGCGGAGGAAGUGGAUAACAAGAAGGAUUACGACCUUGAUUACGACCCUUCAGCCGUUGUAGCUGCUGCAAAUGUUGGUGGAGAUGAGGACAUUGCUAUGGUGAUUAGCAAGAGCUUUGUGUCUACACAAGGAUGGGAUUCUGAAAAGAUUGUCGAUUAUCGGAUUGAUGAGGAGGAAUUUCAUAAGAUUAGUUUGUUAGACUGUGAUUUCUUCAUAAGGAAGCCGCCUGACCCAGAUAAUGAUGUUUAUGAUUUUAGGGAGAUGUAUGUUACUCCGCCGGAUACUGAUAUUUACGCUAUACCAAAAGUUCUAGCUCCAAUGCCACAAAAGUACAUUCGCUGUGCAAUGAGUGAUUAUGGACGUUACAAUGUAACAGAACCACCUAUUGAUGCACCUCGUGAUCCAUUGUACAAAAGUGAGAGAGAGAUUUUGAAGGUUUUCUUGACGAAGCAUUAUAGAAACCGAAGGUUUGGUGACCCAGAAUUCGUGUUAGAUUUUGAGGAGAUAUAUGUUAUUGAUUCCAAAACAAAGUCAAUAACUAGAGCAAAAGUAGUGGUCACAGUUCCUGGAGGAAGAAACAGGGACAGAAAGAGCGACUUGCUUGUGAUACGUGAUAAUGGGAACACCUUCAAAAUAAUUCAUGCAAGUGAAAAAGAUGAUCCAACAACUGUAAUAGAGAGGGAAGAAUGGGCCAAGACUAGACAAGAAAUGGAGAGACAUCUCAGAAAGCUUCGGGACUUCAGCGUUUCAAAUUGGUUCUAAUCAAUCAGAGCAUAUGGAGACUGCUUAGUAUAGACGAAAUGUGUAGUGAAAUGCAGCUUGGUCGGAACACAUGCAGAUAUAUCACAUCCUUGACUCUGGUUGAGCUCAUACUGCCGCGAUUGCAGAGAAAAGUUUUUGCUUAUGCUCAAAUUUUGUAUUUUUGCAUGGAAUGUUGGGCGUUCACCCAGCUAUCCUGGCUUUCUAUUUGCAAGUAUGUAAUGUAGAAAUUUCCUUUAUAUUAAGUGCUAUUUUAUGUUCUUAACCAGUGAUCCAUGCAUCAAAAUAGGAAAGAAAAACAACGAUUUAUUUUUUA